AGCAUCGAAGAGAGAGAGAGAGAGAGAGAGAGAGAGAGAUGGAGCAAGAACAAGAAGGGCUAGAGAGGUUCCUGAGAUGGGCUUGUGAGCUCGGAGUAUCAGACUCUCCACCAAAGCAACCACGUUCAAAUUCACGUCUGGGACAAUCCCUCUGCGUCUCACAUUUUCCUGACGCAGGCGGACGGGGUUUAGCUGCUGCUCGUGAUCUUAGAAAAGGCGAAUUGAUUCUUAGAGUUCCCAAAUCGGCCUUAAUGACGAGUGAUAGCCUACUGGAAGAUCAGACCCUAUCUCUUGCUGUCAAUAAACACCCUUUUCUUUCCUCUACUCAGAUAUUGGUUGUUUUGUUGUUAAAUGAAAUGGGCAAGGGAAAGAAUUCUUGGUGGAACCCUUACCUAAUGCAGUUGCCACGAAGUUAUGAAACACUAGCGAGUUUUGAUCGAUUUGAGACGCAAGCUUUGCAAGUGGAUGAUGCCAUCUGGGCUGCAGAAAAAGCUAGACUGAAGGCUGAAUUGGACUGGAAAGAAGCUACUUCCCUUAUGAAAGAACUUAAGCUCAAGCCUCAACUCCGAACUUUUAAAGCAUGGCUUUGGGCUUCUGCAACUAUAUCUUCCCGCACAUUGCAUAUACCAUGGGACAAUGCUGGGUGCUUAUGCCCUGUGGGUGACUUUUUUAAUUAUUCUGCACCCGGGGAGGAGCUUUCUAACUCUGAAGAUUCAAGGAGUUUCAGAAAUGCCUCUUGCUUGCACGUAUGCUCUUUACAGAAAGAAGAUGCCACACAGAAAAUAGAUGCAGAGAAGUUUGAUGCCAAUUUGCAGAGGUUAACAGAUGGUGGGUAUGAGGAAGAUGUCACUGCAUAUUGCUUCUACGCUAGAAGAAAUUAUAAAAAAGGAGAGCAGGUUCUUCUAAGCUAUGGGACAUAUACAAAUUUGGAGCUUCUCGAACACUAUGGCUUUCUUUUAAAUGAAAAUCCAAAUGACAAGGUUUUCAUUCCUCUAGAACCCGAGAUCUACUCUUCGUGUUCAUGGCCCAAGGAGUUGCUAUAUAUUCACCAAAAUGGGAAACCAUCCUUUGCCCUACUCUCUGCAAUCCGGUUAUGGGCAACCCCUCCAAGCCAGCGGAGGUCUGUUGGACACCUUGCUUAUUCAGGAUCUCAACUAUCACCAGAAAAUGAGGUAAUUGUGAUGGGACGGAUAGCGAAGAACUGCCACGUUAUCUUGAAGAAUUUCCAGACAUCGGUCGAGGAGGACUAUUUAUUGCUCCACAAAAUUGACAAACUGCAACAUUCUUGUACUCCCAUGGAGCUCAGCGACGUCCUCUCAGCAUCUGGAGGUGAGGCUUGUGCUUUCUUAGAAGUCAAUGGUGUGCCGAAUGGAGAAAGUGGUGUCAAGUUAAAUUUAUCUAGUAAGACAAGAAGAUCACUGGAUAGAUGGAAAUUAGCAGUUGAGUGGAGGCUUAGCUACAAAAAAACAUUUGGUGAUUGCAUUUCUUAUUGUACUGAUAUAAUCAAUAAAUUAUCUUCUCAAAAUGGUUCAACCAUGAGAACAAUUUAGUCCUAAUUUGACAUGCAAGUUUUUCUUUA